CUCCUGCGGGGGUCCUGCCUUCCCCCCUGUCCAGGUCCCUAUCCCAGCCUUGGCCAUGACCCUGGCGGCUUCCUCCCAGCGCUCCCAAAUCAUUCGCUCCAAGUUCCGCUCUGUCCUCCAGCUCCGGAUCCACAGACGGUAUCAGGACCCGCCCUCUUCCUCCCGGCCCGGCUGGCUUCCUGAAGGCCUCGCGGGGCCCUUCACCACCUCUCCAGUCUCCGACCCAGAUCCGUGGAUCUCAGCCUCCGGCCCGGCUCUGGCCCCCAUCCCAGCCUCGCCCUGCGGCCCCGCCUCCUUCCUCUCCAGUCCUGGGGUCCUGCGCCCCGAGCCCCGACGCUGCCCUUGGAGGCCCCUGAAGAAUGCGACCCCCAAGACCUCCCAGCGCUGGAGGGAGGCCGAGCCCCAGGGGAGCCUGACCUACCACCAGUACCUGCCCCCAGAGCCCAGACAAGGGUCCAGGGCAGACUCCCAGGCCCCAGGGCCGGCCGGGGUGGCCCCGGGGCCGCUUCCGUGGGCAGAGACAAGCGCACAGCAGCCACCUGCUAGGAUGAAGGCCACCUCUCUCCCCGCCGGCUUCCCCGGGGUCUCCAGCCCCGCGCCGCCUCCGCACAAGUUGGAGCUUCAGACUCUUAAACUGGAGGAGCUGACGGUGAGUGCGGGGCGACUUCCCGGGGGACCUCUCCCUCCCUGGGGGGACCUGCCGGCUCCGGCUCCGGCUCCGACUCCGGCUCCGGCUCCAGCUCCCGCUCCGGCUCCGGCUGCAGAACUGACCCCUUCCGCAGCACCAGCCGCAACAGCCCCGACUCUGGAGCAGGAGCUGCAGGAAGCGAUCCGGAGGGCGCAGUUGCUUCCGAACCGGGGCAUCGAUGACAUCUUGGAGGGUCAGGACGAGCCUGAUGACCUGCUGCCCCCUAUCCCCCUGGACUUCCCUGGCUCCUUCGACGUGCUGUCCCCUUCCCCAGACUCUGAAGGCCUCUCCUCUGUCUUCUCUUCCUCGCUCCCGUCCCCCACAAACUCCCCAUCCGCCUCUCCCAGGGGCCCCACCGACUCCUUGGACUGGCUGGAAGCUCUGAGCGGGGGUCCUCCGCUGGGCUGCGGCCCCCCGGCCCCCAGCAUCUUCUCUGCUGAUUUAUCGGACUCCGGCGGCCCCCGGCUGUGGGACCUGCUGGAGGGUCCAUGGUGAUGGAUUCUAGGGUUUCAAGGGACGGAGAACCGGUAGGGACGGGGAGUCACAGAGAGGACUCCCUGAGGGAGGGGUUGGAACCCCGCCCACCCCAGACCCAGGAUCAGAAGCAACUCUCAUCUCACCUGGGCCCUAAACUGCUGCCAGACAGCCAACCACCUGACUGUCCCUGCCCGACCUCCUAGGCUCCCCCCAGGGCUGUGUGCUGGGGGCGGGAGCCUCAUUCGCUGCUGGCCGGGCAAACAAGCUGCUUGCUGCUUCCCCAGACACCUCUCCGAUGUCUUCUUCUCAUCCCGCCGCCGACUGCAGGGCUACCUGUGGCUGGGGCACCUGGAGGGUGCUCUAUGCUCUUGGGGUGCAGAGAGGGGGAGGGAGGAGUGGGGAGGGAGGACCAGCAGCUAGACCCUUGGCUUCUGGUUGGAGAUGAGAACAUCAGAAACAGCGUGUCCCAGGUCAGAUCCUGAGCAGAGCCUGAGGCAGCACUCCUGUGUCCACGAUUUCUUAAAGAGGUGCCCCCAGGAGAAACCAAAAAGGGAGGGGUGAGCCAGGACAGCGAGGGGGAGAAGACCAACAAGAGGGUGACGUCGGGUGAAGUCCCCAUCUCAGCCCAAUCCCGGAGGAUGAAUUAAGUUGCAGGGUUGUGCCCGCUGGUGGGCUCAGCGGCUGAGUGUCGACCCAGGAACCAAAA